CACUGUUUUCGGUCAACAUUAUUGCCCGUCAUCGUGUGCUCCUCCAAUCAACGGCGCGUGCGAGCAGGUCCAUUAUCUCCCACAGGUCGGUCCAAGACGAUCAGUCGCAUCGAUCGCGCUCGGCGUGAAGGAUGUUCGUGUACACGCUAGCUCUGUUUGCGGUGGUGCUCUACCUUGCCCUUCGCUAUGUCUACUCGUACUGGGCCCGGCAAGGGUUCCCGCAUCUGCGCCCAGAAAUACCGUACGGCAAUCUGCGUGCGCUGGCCGAAAAACGUGAAUCGUUCGGUGUGGCCGUAAACGAGCUGUACACGCGCAGCACGGAACGGUUGCUUGGUGUGUAUCUGUUCUUCCGACCAGCCAUCCUCGUGCGCGAUGCCCAUCUGGCCAAGCGUAUCCUGGUGGCCGAUUUCCAGCACUUUCACGACCGUGGUGUGUUCUGUGACGAACAUCGCGACCCAAUGUCGGCCAAUCUGUUCGCACUGCCCGGAGCACGCUGGAAGCGGCUGCGGGCGAAGCUCACGCCGACCUUCACGUCCGGCCAGCUGCGCCAGAUGAUGCCCACGUUUCUGGACGUGAGCGAGAAGUUGCUGGCCGAGCUGGAACCGUUGGCGGCGGAGGGCCGCGUGGUCGAUAUGCGGGACAUUUCGUCGCGCUACGUGCUGGACGUGAUCGCGACCGUGUUCUUCGGCUUCGAGACGCACUGUUUGCGCGAUCCGAACGAUCCGUUCGUGGAGCCGCUGCGCGAUCUGAACAAUCCAAACAGCUUCGUGAACAACAUUCGGUCGGCGGGUGUGUUUGUGUGCCCGGGACUGCUGAAGCUGACCGGGCUGAGCUCGUUGCCGCCGGGGAUGCGCCAGUUUGCGACGGAGGUUGUGACGCACCAGAUCGAACACCGCGAACGGCAUCCGCAGCAACGGCGAAAGGACUUCAUUCAGCUGCUGAUCGAUUUGAGGCGUGAAGCGAACGGACAGGAUGCGCUUACGAUCGCCCAGUGUGCAGCAAAUGUGUUUUUGUUCUAUGUGGCCGGUGCUGAUACGUCCACCGGUGUGAUUUCGUUCACGCUGCACGAACUGACGCACAAUGGGGAAGCGAUGGCUAAGGCACGGCAGGAGAUCGAUCACGUGCUGGAGCGGCACGGUGGUGUCAUCAGCUACGAGAGCCUGCAGGAGCUGGCGUACCUGGAUCUGUGCGUGAAGGAAACGCUGCGCAAAUAUCCGGGGCUACCAAUUUUAAACCGUGUCUGCACCGAGGACUACCCUGUCCCGGGUGCCGCUGACGUGGUGAUACGGGCAGGAACGCAGGUGAUCAUUCCACUGCUGGGGAUUAGCAUGGAUGAGAAGUAUUUCCCCGAGCCCGAGGUGUACAUGCCGCAGCGGUUUGACGAGCAGGCACCGAACUACGACCCGGACGCGUACUACCCGUUUGGAUUGGGACCGCGCAACUGCAUCGGACUGCGACAAGGUAUAAUGCUGUCCAAAAUUGGGCUGGUGCUGAUGCUGUCUCGUUUCGACUUUGAGGCCACCGUACCGAGAAAGGUGCGGUUCGAGCCGGCAAAUGUGACGCUAACCCCGGACGGGGGACUGCCAAUGAAGAUUACUGUUCGUGGUGAUCGCGCUAAAGUACAAUAAUUUAGGUGAAUAAGUAAAGGACAUUAUUCUAUGCCUAAAAGAGCGUUUAGAAGAAUAAGCGAUUAAUACAAUGCAAUUUAAAAUACAACAAAAUAAAAUAAAUUUGCUGAACUGCAA